UCGUUUCAAUAUGUCAGAAAAAUCAUGAGAUUUCGUUCUCUCUUUAAUCUAUCAAGCUUAUAUCAUCCUGGACACUUGAGAAUUGCUCACUAUAAACAUUUUCUCAGGAUCAGAGCACGGAUCCGUCAGCAUGAUAUUAGAUGGGCAACAGGUCCAGCUACACGAUCACAGCUGAGUGCUCGGAGGARUAUUACAACUGUUGUAUUUACAGGUUGCUUAGGAUAUUCAAUAUACGCUGCACAGCCAUGGGAUCCUAUCAACAGAAGAAAAAUAAGGGUUGGCAUUGAAGGAAUCGGUCGAUUCUUUAGAUCAUUCCACAUUGGUCUAACAAUAUCUGUAGAUUACUGGUGGGCGCUUUAUGGCUUAGAUCCUGAAAGCCAAGCUUACAAAGAAGCCAUUAAUCAAUGUCACCAAAGAGCAGCAGAGCGCAUAGUUGUUGGCGCAAUACAAAAUGGAGGUCUUUAUGUCAAACUUGGACAAGGUUUAGCAUGCUUUAACCAUAUCUUACCAAGGCAAUACAUAGACACCCUGCAAGUCCUAAGAGACCAGGCAUUGAGAAGGCAGCUUGAUGAAGUGGAUCAGCUGUUUCUGGAAGACUUUGGUCAAAAACCAUGUGAACUAUUUAAAGAAUUUGAUUCUCAACCCAUUGCGGCAGCCAGUCUUGCACAGGUUCAUAAGGCUGUUACUAAGGAUGGUACAAAAUUAGCUGUCAAGAUCCAAUAUAUUGACCUGAGAGAUCGUUAUGAAGGGGAUUUAUGGACAUUGAAAGUACUUCUAAAAGUCAUCAGUUGGAUGCACCCAAUGUUCACCUUCUCAUGGGUUCUAGAGGAUCUAAAAGACACACUCAAACAAGAACUUGACUUUGAGCAUGAAGGAAAAAAUGGYGAAAGAUGUGCUGAAGAUUUGUCAGACCUUAGUUUUGUGUAUGUACCAAAGAUAUAUUGGAAGUGGACCAGUAAGCGCGUAUUGACAACCGAGUUCAUUGAAGGAUGUAGGGUUGAUGAAACUGAGAAAUUGCAACAAGCUGGCCUUGAUGUUGCCGAUGUUUCAGGAAAAAUGAUAAAAGCAUUUGGAGAACAGAUUUUUCAAUCUGGAUUUUUACAUGGAGACCCUCAUGCAGCCAAUGUUUUUGUUCGCCCAGGAAAAGACAAGAAAGCAGAAAUAGUAAUUUUAGACCAUGGGUUGUAUGAGCRGCUUGAACAAAGAGAUAGAGUAAACCUAUGCAAGUUGUGGGAGUCCAUUGUGCUAAACCGACAAGACAAAAUGAAGUUUUACAGUCAAGAACUAGGGGUUGAUGAUUAUGAGAAUUUCACACAAAUUCUUCUUCAAAGACCAUUUGCUUGGGGCAGUGCAGGCCGACUGUUUACAACUAAAGUGACAGAAGAAGAUUUUGAAAUCAUGACAAAACUUGCUCAAGGUCAUUUUGAACGAGUGAUAACUAUCCUAAAACAGCUACCAAGAACUAUGCUUCUUGUCUUUAGAAAUUUGAACACUGUACGGGCUGUCAAUGAUGACCUUGGUGCACCUGUUGACCGGUUUGUCAUCAUGGCUAAAUGUGCAAUUCGAGGCUGCAACGACCCAUUGGCCAACACUUCAUUAAUUGGAACUCUUCAUACCUACUGGCAAACCUUGGUUUUUGACAUACGCAUUCGAUAUUUGAGUCUGCGCGCUUGGUUCGUCGAGAGGUACAUGAUGUUAUUGCAAUACUUAGGCCGUGCACCCGAAGGAAUGACACAGCAACUCAAAUCUAAACUACGUACGUUACAGGACAUGGACACCGCWAAGAAAGACCAACAAGAACUAUCCCAGCUGAUAUCACUUAAAUUAGAACUUUCCCAAGGGUGGAGAGCCCGCUCAGAUACAGCUAACGAAUGKUUUUUUCAUCUUAUGGGUGGCUCAUAUACUCUACCAAAUAUAGACUGAAAGAUAUGAUCAAUGAAAUCAUUUGAUAAUGUAAUGAUAAUGUA